AUGUCUGAAGUAUGGCCCGCUGAUGUUGAAGACGCACAAACUUCCCACCACACCGGGUUCAUGGACCGGAUGCUCGGUCAUGGACACCACGGCAACGAACAAGAGCAAAUGGAUCAAAAUGAACAACAUGACCAGCAGCCUGGUGUACAGCCUCAGCAGGGUGCACAAGCCAAUCCACCUGUCAAGGAAGGCGAGAGGGAAAGAGUCAAAGACUACGUGGACGAAGAGCGGAAGCUAAUGCAGGAGGGAGACACAUACGCUGGACUCAUCAAGCCCUUCUGGUAUCUUUAUCCAUACGAGGCCGUCGUGGCGCUGUUGUUCCCGUCAUGGAAUUACGGGCAGCAAAACAACGCAGAAAGCGACUUUGCCUACGACGGUGGCAUCUCCAAGUCGUCGGGGGUGAUCUACUCGACCAGCAAUGACCUCGCAAAAUUCGCCACGGCGAUCCCGAACUCACGCUCUUACCGCCAGCCAACAAACGUAGACGGACGAAACCGUCUCGCACACGGCGGACCUGCAGUAUUCCGUCGGUCGACCGUGGGAGAUAAGCAUGCCAAGUUUGGCGGGGUCCCAAAUCUAUACAUCAAGCUCGGUGAUUCAGAGAACUACGGCAGUUUCCUUGUCCUGGUUCCUGAUUUUGACGCUGGGUUUAGUAUCAUCGGGGCCAGCGCGUUACCAACGCGGUUGCGUCUGAAGCGAGGACGAAUUGCGGGGAAGUACACGACCGAUCGAUUGAACUCCUCUCUGGCGCUGGCUUUUAGUUCUUCUGUAAAUCCCGGCUUGUCAGUUACCUCGUUGGUCAGCAACGGGACGGAUCUCAUGCCGUUGCUGGGUAUAUUACUCGGGAAUGAGAACUCCAGACUCGUGCCGACGAUUGUGUCGGAGAUUGCCAAGCAGGUGGCCUUUAGGGCAUAUACAGCUACACAGCAAAAGUCCAGAGGUCUAUUCCAGAAGGAUUUUGACGUGGAUGACUGGCUGGUCGUCGGGGAUACACGGCUAGACUCCUGGAAGAGUUUGUAUUCGAAGUGGAUGCGCAGGGGAAGGCGAGCAAGGUGCAAUUGCCAGCUUGGAAUGUAA